AUGUACGGGAGAUGCUUCACCUCGAAGAGGGACCUGGUUUGGGCGUUUGCUGUGUUCUGCUGCGUGGUGAUGCUGUUCUUUUACCACAACCAGUACUCCGAGCGGCUGGCAACGUUGGAGGAGUUUAAACAAACGCACCAGCUGCAAACGCAGCUCGCUGGCCAAGGGGCCGCUCAAUUCGAUGAAGUGUUAAGGAUACCGGAGUAUGAGGUGUUUGAGUACCGGCAGCAAUACACGCAGGUACCGGACGAUGACUGGAACGUGAAACAACCGGGAGAUAUGGGAAAGCCGGUGAAGCUGGAGAACGCCACCGAUGAAGUACGCCAGCUGGAGGAUCAGUUGUUCAAAGAGCAAGCGUUCAAUCAGUACGUGAGUGACCUGAUACCGGUGCAUCGCCGGUUGCCAGAUAUAAGAGAUCCUUGGUGCACCACCGAACAACGCCUGCUUACAUCGUUGCCGCAAGCGUCGAUCGUGAUCGUGUUCUACAAUGAAGCGUGGUCGGUGUUACUCCGAACGGUUCACUCCAUCCUCGAUCGAUCUCCGAGGGAGCUGAUCAAAGAGAUCAUACUUGUCGAUGACUACUCCACUCACGCAAACCUUCGCACCCAGCUCCAGGAGUACUGGGUCUCUUACCCGAUGGUGCGGGUCCUACGCGUUCCGGAGCGCCUGGGACUAAUCCGUGCACGGUUGUAUGGUGCGAAAAAUGCCACAUCCGACUUCCUCGUCUUCCUGGACGCGCACUGCGAGUGCAUUUUUGGGUGGUUGGAAGCCUUGCUAGAUCCGGUUGUGCGAGAUCCACAAACGAUCGCCCUUCCGACGAUCGAUUGGAUCGACGAGCAUAACCUCGCUUUGGUGUCGGACCGUGCCCCCGGGUUCUACGGUGUGAUGGGCUGGGGGUUGGACUUUGGAUGGCGCGGAAGAUGGGACCGGGUGCAUAAGCCGGAGAACAAGAUGGAACCAUUCCCGACACCGACCAUGGCGGGUGGACUGUUCUCCAUCCACCGGAAGUUCUUCGAGCGGCUCGGUUGGUACGACGAGGGCUUGGACGUGUACGGAGGGGAGAACAUCGAGCUGUCGUUGAAAGCGUGGAUGUGCGGGGGCAAGCUGGUGACGGUGCCGUGUUCCCGAGUCGCCCACAUCCAGAAGGCGGGACAUCCUUACUUGAAUAACAUGAAAAAGGACGUCGUUCGGUUGAACUCAGUACGCGUGUCGGAGGUCUGGAUGGACGAGUACGCCGAGGUUCUGUAUGGAAUGUUCGGCGGUCUGAAGUACGGUGGUGACUUCGGUGACGUAUCGGCGCGCAAGCAGCUCCGCCAGCGAUUGCACUGCAAAGACUUUCACUGGUACUUGGCCAACGUGUUCCCUGAGAUGACUGAUGAGCUGCUGAGAAAGCAGCCCGGCCACGGUCCAUUCACCAACGAAGCGACGCAGGAUGACCACUGUUUGUCGUUCGAUGCGCCCAAGAAUGCCGCCACCAUGGAACGAUGCAAGAAGGGUGAACCGAAUCAGCAGUGGUACUACAGUAUGUACGGGGAGAUCAGCAACGAUAACCACUGCCUGGACUAUGAUGCCAACAUGCUGCUGAUGUUCUACUGCCACAAGGCGCAGGGUAACCAGCAGUGGAAGUAUAAUGACACCACACUCGUGUUUGAGCACGUAAAGCAUAAGGGAACGUGUCUGGCGGUCGAGAAGGCAUCGAGGAAGGUGAUCAUCGACAAGUGCGACCCAAGCCAGCAAUCUCAACAAUGGCACUAUCCGAUGAUAGGCUUCAAACCCUAA